CACAACAAUGGCUCACUGUUCAACUCUUACAUCUCUCGUUUUGCUCAGUUCUUCGCUCUAUCUAUGGCCACCCAAACAUUCAAUCUUGAAUCUUUCACAUGGGAUUUCGAUGUGUUCUUGAGCUCCAGAGGCGAGGACACUAGCAAAACCUUCACCGAUCACCUUCAUCUUGCGCUAUGUGAAUCCGGGCUAAACACAUUCAGGGACAACGAGGAGGAGCGCAGAGAGGGCGGAUUUCUUUCGCCUGAGCUCAAGGGAGCGAUUGAAAGCUCGAGAAUCUCCGUGAUAGUUCUCUCCAAAGACUAUGCCUCCUCUGGGGUGUGCCUUGACGAACUUGUGCAAAUCGUCGAGUGCAAGGAGAAGGGAAAACUGAUGGUUUUUCCGGUUUUUUACGACGUUGAUCCUUCCCAAGUUCGCCGGCAAAGUGGCGACUACGGCGUGGCCUUCGCUACGCACGAACAGCGUUUUGGGGCAAGCGAUAAGGUUCAGAAUUGGAGAGAUGCUCUCACUAAAGUUGGAAAUUUGUCGGGAUGGGAUUUGGGAGACGUCGCCGAUGGAUAUGAAUCAAAGUUCAUUGAUGCAAUCAUCAAAGAGGUCCAAUUGGUAGUAAGCCGGGUGCCGAUGUGUGUUCCCAAGCAUGUAGUAGGACUUGAAUCCCGGGUUGAGCACGUGGUCCAGUUCAUGUGUGGAGAACCCAAGAACGAUAUUCGCAUGAUUGGAAUCUAUGGUAUGGGAGGGAUUGGAAAAACAACUCUUGCCAAAGCUGUAUAUAACAAACUUUUUGGGUACUUUGAGAGAAGUUGCUUUAUUGAGAUUAGAUCAGACAUUUUAGAGCAAAAAAACUAUGGGAUAAAAGUCUUACAAGAAGAGCUUCUUAAGAAUCUUCUAAGAAAGGAGAUUAAAGUUGGCAGUGAAGCUGAAGGGAUCAUGUUGAUCAAACUGUGGCUUCAAGCAAAAAAAUGUCUCAUUGUUCUUGAUAAUUUGGAGCAUCUCGAUCAAUUUAAUGCCUUGUGUGGUGAACGAGAUUGGUUCGGUGCAGGAAGUAGACUUAUUUUAACAACGAGAGUUGCAGAUGUGCUGAAAAAUUUAAAAAAAGAUGAACAUUAUGAAGCCAAGGAAUUGAAUAGUGAGGAAUCGUUGCAGCUCUUUAGCCUACAUGCAUUUAGAGGGCUAGCAUUACCAAAAGAAGAAUUUAUUGGGCUUUCACAUGGCAUCGUGACUUACUGUGGGGGACUACCCUUAGCUCUUGAAGUGAUAGGGGCGUAUUUGUCUGAUAAAUUGAAGGAAGAAUGGAUUAUUACUUUUGAGAAAUUGAAGAGAAUACCUCGUAAUGACAUUCAAAAUAAACUUAAAAUCAGUUUUGAUGGGCUUCCAGAUGAUCGUACAAAAGCUCUUUUUCUUGAUCUUGUUUGUUUCCCCCAUGUCAUUUUCAAAGAUACACUUAUUCAAAUUGUUGAGGCCAUGGGGUAUUUUGCGGCCAUCGAAAUUCGACGCUUGGUCGAUAAGUGCUUGAUAAACUAUUAUGAUUCUCAAAUUAGUAUGCAUAGUUUAAUUCGAGAAAUGGGAAGAGAAGUAGUUCGUUUGGAGUCGCCCAACAACCCAGGUGAACGUAGUCGAUUGUGGUGUUCCCGUGAUAUCCACAAUGUGCUUAUAGGACAUAAGGGUACACCAAAGGUUCAGGUAAUUGUGGCAAACUCUCCCAUGGAAAAUAUGAGUUAUGAUACAAGAGCCUUUAAGAAUAUGGAGAAUUUAAGAUUGCUCCAAAUCGACCAUAUCCAUCUACAUGGAAACUUCAAAAAUCUUUUCAAGGAGCUCAAAUGUUUGCUGUGGAAUCACUGCCCUUUGAAAUAUAUGCCAUCCAAUUUUCAUCUUAAAAAGCUUGUACAUCUGGAAUUGCUGGCGAGUAGCUUAAAAAAAUUUGUAGCCCCUCUAAAGUAUUUCCAAGGUCUCAAGUCUCUGGAUCUCAGUUUUUCCAAACGUCUCACGAGGACUCCAGACUUUGGUGGCGUACAGAAUCUUGAGAGUCUAUCGUUUGCUUUUUGCUCGAGUUUGAUGAAGGUGGAUUCCUCAAUUGGAGGCUUGGGGAGACUAGUUCGUUUAGAUUUUACAGAUUGUGUAAAGCUGAAGAAACUUCCGAAUAGCCUUUGCCAAUUGAGGUCACUUCAAGAACUCGAUGUGUCCAACUGCCUAAAGCUAGAAGAAUUGCCCGAGGAGCUGGGGAAGUUGAUAUCUCUCGUGUCCCUCGUGUUAGAAAGUACUACCUUUUACUAUCUCCCUUCAUCGGUUACAAGUUUAGCCUCACUGAAACAUCUUUAUCUUGACGAAAGCAAUAUACGUGGCCUGCCCGCCAACCUUUCUCAUUUGUCCAAGCUUGAAAAAAUCAUGUUGGCUGAUUGCAAGAACCUGGAGAUGCUCCCUGAACUUCCUCCGAGUCUUGGACAACUUUGGGCCAGCAAUUGCAAGUCUAUGGAGAAACUACCAAACUUGUCAAAUUUAGCAAAGUUGAGACAGUUGGACCUCAGAAAUUGCAGAAAGUUGAAGGAUAUUCAGGGUUUGGAAAAUCUUCAUUCCCUAGAAGACAUUGAGUUAAGAGGUGUUCACAUAGAAAGGCCGGCCUGAUUUCUCAGAAAGCUCUUGAAGGUACAGAAACGGCUAACUGCAGGUACAAAAUCUGAAGGUUAUUUUUAGACCAGAUCCGCAAUGUAAGGUAAACUCGGGUGCCUACUCUAGUCACACCUUGCGUGGUUUCCUUGAUGCAGCCUUUAAUAGUUUCCCAGAUGAAUUUAUGCAUUGGCACAGUGGAUUCUAUGUUGGCUAAGGUGUUUGAAAGAGGGAUACUUGUAUGAUAUUGUAUUAAACAGGCAACAUUUCAAGUGAAAGAGAAUAAAGGGGACAAAAAUUUGAGAGGGUGGGGAAGGAAUAUUUAGAGGGGAAGUGAAAGGUUCUAUUUGUAUCAGUUUCCUAAUACGAAGUAUAAAAAAGUCAGAUGUUUUUGGCUCAAACUCCCGUCCAAAUGAACAGUGUAACACACGGCGUCGUUUUGAUGGAUUCAAAGAAUUGAUUGUCUUCCGUCUUAAAAAACGUGUCUUAUCAGUUGCCAA